AUGGCUCCCGCCGCUACCCAGGUCGUUCAGCCCGUCAUCCUGCCCCACAAGGGUGCAGCAGCCGCAGCCACGACCGAAGCGCCCAUCGAGGACGGCGCCGUCAAGCGCGUCGACGUCGGCAAGGGCCACAGCUGGGAGUCGUUCGCCUUCCAGCCGAUCCGCGAGUCGCAGGUGUCCCGCACCAUGACGCGGCGCUACUUCGCCGACCUCGACAAGUACGCCGAGUCGGACGUGGUGAUCGUCGGCGCCGGCAGCUGCGGCCUCAGCGCGGCCUACUCGCUGGCCAAGCAGCGACCCGACCUCAAGAUCGCCCUCAUCGAGGCCGGCGUGGCCCCCGGCGGCGGCGCCUGGCUGGGUGGCCAGCUGUUUAGCGCCAUGGUCAUGCGCAAGCCCGCGGACAAGUUCCUGACCGACCUCGGCGUCCCCUUCGAGGACGAGGGCGAGUCCAGCCCGUUCGUUGUGGUGAAGCACGCUGCCCUCUUCACCUCCACCCUGCUGUCGCGCGUGCUCUCGUUCCCCAACGUCAAGCUCUUCAACGCCACGGCCGUCGAGGACCUCAUCACCCGCCGCUACGACCAGGGCGAGGCGGAGGGCGAGGGCUUCGGCAUCCGCGUCGCCGGUGUCGUCACCAACUGGACCCUCGUCUCCAUGCACCACGACGACCAGAGCUGCAUGGACCCCAACACCAUCAACGCCCCCGUCAUCAUCAGCACCACGGGCCACGACGGUCCCUUCGGUGCCUUCAGCGCUAAGCGUCUUGUGAGCAUGCAGGCCAUCGAGCGCCUCGGCGGCAUGCGCGGUCUCGACAUGAACUCGGCCGAGGACGCCAUUGUCAAGCGCACUCGUGAGAUCGUUCCGGGCCUGAUCAUUGGUGGCAUGGAACUCAGCGAGGUUGACGGUGCCAACCGCAUGGGCCCGACCUUUGGCGCCAUGGUCUUGUCUGGCGUCAAGGCGGCCGAGGAGGCCAUCGCCGUCUAUGACAUUCGCAAGAAGGAGAACGACAUUUAA